UACAAUCAUUCGAUGCUCAUCGAGCUCAGAGUAUACUCGUCUGUUUGUGGAUCCUAAGUUUAUCGAACGUUCAUCAUGCCGCCGAAAGUCAGUGGUAAAGCUGUGAAGAAAGCUGGUAAAGCUCAGAAGAAUAUUAACAAAACCGACAAGAAGAAGAAAAGGAGGAGGAAGGAGAGUUACGCAAUUUACAUUUACAAAGUGCUGAAGCAAGUCCAUCCCGAUACUGGAAUAUCCAGCAAAGCGAUGAGCAUCAUGAAUAGUUUCGUCAACGACGUUUUCGAGCGUAUUGCUGCGGAAGCUUCAAGAUUGGCUCAUUAUAACAAGCGCUCAACAAUCACGUCUCGAGAGAUUCAAACUGCAGUAAGACUGUUAUUACCUGGUGAAUUGGCGAAGCACGCUGUUAGCGAAGGCACCAAGGCAGUAACUAAAUACACCAGCUCCAAAUAAGCAGAAUAUAAUUCUGCUAUUAUAAAACGGUCCUUUUCA